UAAACUGAUCCCAGAGCAGCGCCAGGGCGCACAGCGCGCACAGAGGUCAGCUGGUGAGCAGGAGCCCAGCAGCGCAGCGCAGCGCAGCGGGACGGUCAUCUGAGAUCAGCUCAGAGGGAACAUUCAGCUCAGAUCAACCUCCGUCCGGCUCCGGCACCAGCUCAUGGAUUCCAACUUGUUGUUGAGCAGGUGACUGUAUGGAGAGGCAGGUGUUACAGCGGGCCAAGGAGGCCUUCCUCAGUGGCAGGGCUCGACCUCUGGAGUUCAGACUUCAACAGCUUCAUGCCUUGCAGAGGAUGAUCACGGAAAAAGAGACAGAGAUCUCCACUGCUCUCAAGCAGGACAUUAACAGGAGCCAGUAUGACACACCACUCUUGGAGCUAAUUGGCAUUGAGAAUGAGGUCAAGCUGGCCAUAGAGAAGCUUGCACAGUGGGCAGCUCCUCGGCCUGUAGAGAAGAACCUCCUCACCAUAUCAGAUGAGGUUUAUAUUCAGCCAGAGCCCCUUGGAGUGGUUCUAAUCAUCGGGGCCUGGAAUUACCCCUGGGCUCUUACCCUACUUCCACUGAUUGGAGCCAUCGCUGCAGGCAAUGCAGCUGUGGUGAAACCGUCAGAGUUGAGCGAGUGCUCGUCCCUCCUGCUCCGAGCACUGCUGCCUCGCUAUCUGGACAAGGAUCUGUACCCAGUGGUGACAGGAGGAGUGUCUGAGACCCAGCAGCUGCUGAGGCUCAGGUUUGACCACAUCUUCUACACAGGUGGCAGCACAGCGGCUAAACUGGUGAUGGAAGCCGCAGCUCGCCACCUCACCCCUGUCACCCUGGAGCUGGGAGGGAAGAGCCCCUGUUACAUUGACAAGAACUGUGAUGUCAGGACUGCCUGCCGUCGCAUCACGUGGGGGAAGUUUGUAAACUGCGGCCAGACGUGUAUCGCUCCAGACUACAUCCUGUGCGAGCCCUGCAUCCAGGGCCGGGUGGUUGAGUGCAUCCGACAGACUCUGCUGGAAUUUUAUGGGGCUGACCCCAAAUGCUCGCCUGAUUACGGCCGAAUCAUCAACCAGAGGCACUUCAACAGAAUCAUGAGUCUGAUGGAGGGAUACACUCCUGUUGUGGGGGGGCAGAGUGAUUCCUCACAGUGUUACAUUGCCCCAACAGUACUGAAGGAUGUGCCCCCCCACUCCAGGCUGAUGCAGGAGGAAAUCUUUGGCCCUGUCCUGCCAAUAGUCACCGUGAGUGACAUGGAUGAUGCCAUUAACUUUAUCAGUGAGAGGGAGAAACCUUUGGCUCUCUAUAUCUUCUGUUCAGACAAGAAGGCAAUAAAACGGAUGAUUGAGGAGACCACCAGUGGAGGAGUGACAGUCAAUGACGUCAUGAUGCACUACACACUCAGCUCGCUCCCGUUUGGUGGUGUUGGUCAGAGCGGCAUGGGUCGUUACCAUGGCAAACAUACCUUCGACCAGCUGAGUCACCACAGAGCGUGCCUGAUUCGCUCGCUGAACAUGGAGAGUGUAAAUCUGGCGCGCUAUCCUCCUCAGGACCGCCGGCGGGCACGGAGGGCCCGCAUGGCCCUCAAAUCCCCUUUGAUCGAUACGUCCAAGAGGACACUGGUCUGGGCCAUUGUGGCCACCGUCCUCGGCGUGGGCCUGCUGAUCACUCUGAUGGUCAUCCUGCUCAUAGCCUCCGGCCUUAACUGCACCUGCUGGUACUGGAGAGGCUUUUAUAACUAGAGGAGCUGCAGCACAGCUUCCCCUUGACAAACUCUUUACAAAGACAACAAAAUGCUGCAAUGAUUCUACAUACUGAGACUGGUUUGGAGUUGAGAUGUUUUAGAAAUUAAAAAAUACAUAAUCUUUUGAACUAACUUUUUAUUUUUUUCUGUCACUUUUGUAUCAGAGCGUUUUGCUCAGCAAACAGCUUAGUAUGUUAAACAUUGCUCGCUCACCAUUGUCCUGGAUGUUUUUUUAUUAAGGGAAAAUACACACUUCGAAAA